AUGGAAAUACUAUCCCAAAUGUGGUCUCUCUUAGGCCUCCUCACAGUUCUCCAAAACAUCUUACCCACGCAGCUUCUCUCUCUCCUACAUUCCUUCUACGAGUCCCUCCAAGACUUCCUCAGCCCUUACUCCUACUUCGAAAUCCCAGAAUUUAACGGUUACUGUGGGGUUGACAUCAACGACCUCUACCGCCAUGUCCACCUCUACCUCAACUCCGUCAACCCCGCCAACACCUGCCGCCGCCUCACUCUCUCCCGCUCCAAAUCCUCCAACCGCAUUUCCUUCACUGUCGCGCCAAACCAUACCGUCCACGACACGUUCUCCGGCCACCGCCUGUCGUGGACCCACCACGCCGAGACCGUCCAAGACUCCCUCGAUGAAAAACGUAGCUUCACUCUAAAACUCCCCAAGCGCCACCGCCUCACCCUCCUCUCACCCUAUCUCCAACACGUCACAGCCCGAGCCGAAGAAUUUGAGAGGGUGUCCAGAGAGCGUAGACUCUUUACCAACAACGGACACGGCUCGUACGAGUCCGGUUGGUCCUCUGUUCCGUUCCGACACCAUUCCACGUUCGAUACUCUAGCUCUCGAGCCAGAAUUGAAGAAACAACUCAUGGAUGAUCUUACUGCAUUUUCUGAAGGAAAAGAUUUCUACCACAAGAUUGGACGAGCAUGGAAGCGUGGGUAUUUAUUAUAUGGCCCUCCUGGUUCAGGAAAAUCAAGUCUCAUAGCUGCCAUGGCCAAUUAUCUCUGCUACGACGUUUACGAUCUUGAGCUGAGCAAAGUUGCAGACAAUUCUGAACUGAGAGCUCUCUUGAUUCAGACUACUAAUCGUUCAAUCAUAGUCAUUGAAGAUAUUGACUGCUCUGUUGAUCUGACCGGUGACAGAGUAACCAAGAUGAGGAAACCAUCGCCGGAAAGUCACAAGAAGGGUCGCCGCCGGAGGGUUAUGGACGCCGGAGAAGACAACGGAAGGGUGACAUUGUCGGGGCUCUUGAACUUCACCGAUGGGCUAUGGUCUUGUUGUGGGGAGGAGAGGAUCGUAGUGUUCACUACAAACCAUAGGGACACUGUCGACCCAGCGCUUGUUAGAUGUGGGCGUAUGGACGUGCACGUUAGCCUAGACACGUGCGGUAUGCAUGCGUUCAAGUCACUUGUGAAGAACUACUUGGGAGUGGACUCGCACGUGCUGUAUGACGUGGUGGAGAGCUGUAUGAGGGCAGGUGGGGCCCUCACACCGGCUCACGUUGGGGAGAUCUUGCUGAGGAAUAGGAAAGAUGCUGACGUGGCGGUUAAAGCGGUCGUGUCAGCAAUGCAGGCCAAAAUUUUGGGUACCGACUUGGAUGUCGGAGAUGGUGGGAAGGAUUACAAUGAUGGGACGAGGACGCCGGAGAGUAUGGAGAGGAGGUUAGUUGAGUCGCCGGAGAAUUGGGAGGGGUCGCCGGAGAAAUUUGGGGGGAAGAAGAGGAGAGAGGGGUGUAGUUGGGAGAGGAAGGUCAAGUUCUUUGUUAGGCUCAAGUCUUUGACCAAAUCUGAUUCUGGAAGAAGGGGUGUGUGA